AUUAAUUGAAGUAAAUGGUGAAAAUAUGUUUAUCUAAUUGAUUCAACAAAUUGAUUUCUCACAAUAGGAUCGUUAUUUAAACAUACCACAGUAAUAUCACUACACUGUUUACUUCUUCGAUCAACAGUUUUCAAAAUGGAUUUAAAACGUCAGUUUAUUUUUACAGCAGUGCUAUUACUUACUUGUAUAAUUUUUGGGACUGUCUCAAGUCAAACCUAUGAAAAUGCGACUAAUUUAAGGUCAGCUCUGUUGUCUAACUAUCAUAAAGAUGUUCGACCAAUGAACAAUCAGUCUGAUAUAUUACAUGUUAACGUGACACUGGAUUUAUUUGGAAUACCUGAGGUGGAUGACGUCAAAGGUGUCAUAACCAUUACUGUAGCGACACAAUGUGUGUGGAUAGAUGAGCGCAUGACAUGGAACCCCUCUGACUACGGUGGUAUUUCUAAAAUACCAAUUCUUAUAAGCGAAAUUUGGACACCUUCCAUAUCACUGGGAACACCAGUCGAAUUUGCAACAAUGGGCUCGUCAAACAACCAUGUUAUAUUCUAUGCUAAUGGUCUUGCUGUUUUUUAUCCAGGAGCUGUCGUGAAAAGUUCGUGUGGAUUUAAUAUGAAAUUUUGGCCGUUCGAUAAACAGGUAUGUGAAGUUGGAUUCUUUCCAUUGGACUAUGGAAUUGAUCAAGUUUUUUUUUUCAAUUCCUCUUGGGGUGAGAACAACUUCCUACACUCCAAACACAGAAUGGACGCUCGAGAAAACGGAACAUUACGUCUCUAACGGAAUUGGAUUUUCAAUGGCAUAUUUUAGAUUUAAAUUGAAAAGACAAUCGCUUUUCUACGUACUAACAAUUAUUUUGCCUAUAAAUGGAAUUGCAGGACUGACUUGUCUUGUUUUUCUUCUACCAAGCGAAUCCGG